AUGAAUUUGUGUAUAACAAAAAAAAAAAAUACCCUAUAUACACAUUCUUUUUGUUAUAUAAAACUUUAUAAUUUUAAUUAUUUUCUCAUUUAUAAAAUCUAUUUAUUCUACUUAAUUCAAAACCUUAUUAGUUUAACCAUUAUAAUAUUAUUUAUUUUUCAAAUGAGGGAAACGAAAAUGAAAACUAAAGUAAAUGAAAAAAUUAAUAAAAAUAAUAAUAAUAUAAUUAAAAAAAGAAAAAAAAGGAAAAAAAAAAUUAUAAUUAAUGUUAAAAGAAGAGUUACAAAAAAAGAAGUCAUAAAUAGCAAUAUGAAAGAAAAAAGUAAAAAAGAAAAUUUAUUAAAUAAAGAAAUUACUAAAUAUAAAAAAAAUAAUACGAGACCGAUAAAUAAAUUUUUAUUUUUUGAAAAAGAAUAUAGUGUUAAUGAGAUUAAAAAUUGUCAAAUAUCAGAAUUUCUUUUAAAAACAGAAGAUAAAUAA